GAAGGCACCUCGGACCUCGAGCCUGCUUCAGACAUCACCGGGCGGAGCACGCGCCCUGAGCCCGGAGCGCGCGCCCCCGGCCCGAUGCCCGAAUCGGCCGGCAGGUGGCGCCCAGCGGUGGGCUGCACCCCCGCGCGGUCUGGGCCAGGUAGACUGGAAGGGGCGGAGGUAACCGGGAGCGGGCAGCGGAGGCCGCCCGGCGUCCCCCACCCGCUCCACGCCGCGCUCGCUACACGCGUGCGGGGAGAGGACGCGGCCAGCUGCCUUCCGAGCUCCGGCGCCGCCGCUGCUUCUCCGCCAGGCGCCGGGCGUCCCCGCCACUCUCAGUCCGAAGUCGGCCACCAUGGAGGCGCAGGCUCGAGGUUUGCUGGAGACCGAACCACUGCAAGGAAGAGAUGAAGACGCAAUAGCCAGUGCUGACUCCCCUAGCAUGCUCUCCGAGGAAGAAAAAGAAGAGUUAAAGGCAGAACUAGUUCAGCUGGAAGACGAAAUUACAACCUUACGACAAGUUUUAUCAGCAAAAGAAAGGCAUCUUGUGGAGAUAAAACAAAAACUCGGCAUGAACCUGAUGAAUGAAUUAAAACAGAACUUUAGCAGAAGCUGGCAUGACGUGCAGACAACUACUGCCUACAAGAAAACACAUGAAACCCUGAGUCAUGCAGGGCAGAAGGCAACUGCAGCUUUCAGCAACGUUGGGACGGCCAUCAGCAAGAAGUUUGGAGACAUGAGGUCUCACUCCAUCGGCUACUCGAUUCGCCAUUCCAUAAGUAUGCCUGCGAUGAGGAAUUCUCCUACUUUCAAAUCAUUUGAGGAGAGGGUUGAGACAACUGUCACAAGCCUUAAGACGAAAGUAGGCGGCGCAAACCACGGCGGCGGCAGCUUCGAGGAGGUGCUGAGCUCCACGGCCCACGCCAGCGCGCAGAGCUCGGCCGGCGGUCCCCGGCUGGCCGAGGGGGAGGAGCUUCAGUGCUAGGGCCCCGCCCCGCCCGCGCGCCUCCGGAAGGAAGACCGCGGUCCCGCGGGGAAGACUCGGGCCUUGACCUUGGCCUUGACCUUGUUCUUCAAGUGGCUUUGCCUCACAGUUUAAUUAAAUGAUUUACAUUUGAAUUCGCUACCAUUUUAGAGUUCCUAGAUUGUCAUCUUUUAAAAUGUCGACUUCAGCGGGUACACACUGGUCAUGACCCUUGUUUUUGUGUAAUUCAACAUGUUUUCCAAACCUGUGGCUGUUAAUUAUUUGCUUUGAUUUUUGCUUGGACUCCUGUAGGAAGUGCAUGCCUUUGAAGGCUAAGUGCCCCCCUUUCAGUUCUGUCCGCUGGAUGGCUCUGUUUCUGACUGGCUCCCGCAGGGAAUGAGAUGACACUGCAAAUAUCCUCAAACCGCUUGUGAGCUGCCUCACCUACUUCAAUUAAUUCCGUAUGCUUAUUUGAGCAAUUAAAAUAAUUGAUUUUAAUGAUAA